GCCUCUGCCGGCCGCGGAGAGGGUCCUCGGCGGCGCGGGGCGGGCAGUUCCCUGGCUUGGCAGGCUCGUCCCUCCGCUGCCCUUCAUCCAGCCCCGAGCAGCCUCCUUCUCCUCCUCCUGCUCCAGCUCCGGGGAUCUCCGGACGGCCUCGCUCUGAGACAACGGGCCACCAUGCCAGCCGUGUCCAACCGAGCCAGGGCCCGGGAGAGGAACAAUGUCUUGAACCGGACCGAAUUCCUCUCCCUCAACCAGCCUUUGAAAAGCUCCCAGGAGUCUCGGGGUCUCCCUCGGAGGCUGAACAGCCAAGGAGGGGGCCCUGCCCCGACCCAGAGCGAGGGGUCCAAGGAGCAGCGCCCGUCUCAGCAGCUGUUGCCGGAAGAAGACUGCAUGCAGCUCAACCCUUCUUUCAAAGGCAUCGCCUACAAUUCCCUGCUGGCCAUAGACAUCUCCCUCUCCAAGCGGCUGGGGGUCUGCGCCAGCAACUCGGCAGCCUGGGGCAAUGCCCGCUCCAUGGUCAACCUGAUUGGCAUCACUGGCCAUGGCAUCCCUUGGAUUGGAGGCACCCUCGUCUGCUUGGUCAAAAGCAGCACCUUGGCUGGCCAGGAAGUUCUCCUCAACCUCCUCUUGGCUCUGCUCCUGGACAUCAUCAUUGUAGCCGGGUUACAGAAAAUGGCAAAGCGAAAAGGUCCUUACGAUGUCAGCCCGGGCGUUUUGGACUAUCUGACGAUGGAUGUCUACGCCUUCCCUGCUGGUCAUGCUAGCCGGGCUGCGAUGGUGUCCAAGUUCUUCCUCAACCACCUGGUUCUAGCAGUCCCUCUCCGUAUUCUUCUUAUCCUUUGGGCUUUCUUAGUGGGACUCUCCCGAAUCAUGGUGGGACGCCACCAUGUCACCGACGUCCUCUCCGGGUUUGUCUUUGGUUACAUCCAGUUCCGAUUGGUGGAGAUUCUCUGGAUGUCCUCCAACACGUGCCAGAUGUUGAUUUCUAUGUGGUGAAGAGGAGCGAUGUCCUCAUCAGCAUCCUCUCAUUUUCUGUUUGAGGACACGGACAAGGCAAGAGAUGUCUCUGAAAGGGAGAUGUUCUGCAAAAGAACCAUGAAGUCUGUUCUUCUAAGAGUUCUUCUAGAAGUUCUUCAAAGUUCUUCCUAGAAGUUCGUUCUUCUAAUAAGGGAUGGAUCUGAACCUCACAAAGCUGAAGAGACUGUUCUGUCUCAUGUAGCAACCUCAUCUGGGAAUCAUUGAGAUUGAUUUUUUGAUUGAUUGGUUGAUAUUUGGCUGUUUCCCCACCCCACAUGAUUCCAACCAGGAAGCAAAUCCAAGGGUCGAGGAUAACAUUGCUUUCUCUUGCUAUCUGGCUGUUGAGACAUCUCAUAGCUCUUGCUUUUUAAUCUGGAGACAAUCGUAGAAUUUAAUAGCGGUUGAGAAAUACAGGAUGAGCUUCCCUGCUCAAGUUGAGGUGUCUACCAGUUUUGUUGAGACUCUCGUUCUUGGACGCCCCAGCUUCUCUGCCUACUUUCCCAAGUUGGACAUCAUCCAGAUGUAUGAACGUCAGUUUCCAGAAUUCCCUAGUCUGUACGGUCACUUGCUAAGAAUUGUGGGAGAUGGAAGUGCAACCUCUGUACGUGUGGACUUCAGUUUCCAGAAUUCUCUAGGCAGAAUGAGAGAGCUGUGGGAGAGGAAAGGCAUCUUCAACUAAGGGUGGACUUCAGCUCCCAGAAUUCCCCACCAGCAUCCGAUCAGCACUGAGAAUUCUGGGAGCUCAAGAUCCCACCCCCCUCCAGAAAGGUGUAUUUCAGCUUCUAGGGGGUGAAUUCUGGAAGUUGAAAUUAAUGCAUUUGGACAAUGUACCCUGGGGAAAAACUUACACCAUGCCUUAUAAAUUAUUGGGUAUGACACAGGAGCGUUCUGUAUCUCUUAGACAUUUUUCCUUGUUUUAUUGCCAAUUUCUUAGCCAAGCAAAGGAACCAUUAAGCAAGCCGGGGUAAGGCAGUGGACUAAGGUGCAAAUCGUAAUCCAGUUCAAAGCAUCAUUAGCUGUCAAAUUUACAAAUCGGUGGCCAAGUUCACACCCAGUAGAUCCUCUGACGUAAACCUUGAUUUGUAAAAUGAAAUGUCUAGAUUCACCUAUUGUCCAGAAGUGGAAUCAAACCCACAAAUGUAUGAUUUACGGCAAUGUUUCCCAAUCUUGGCAACUUCAAGGUGGACUUCAACUCCCAGAAUUCUCAGCAAUGUCUGGGCUGACUAUGGAACUCUGGGAGAUAAAGAUCAUCUCCCUGGUUGUUGCCACGGUUGAAGAACCUUGACUUAGAGAGAAAGUCUGAGCUCAGGGUAAUAAGUGGCUCUCCCACGUUGUGCUUGAACGUGGUUUGUUGCGCCAUUGGUGGUCAGAUUCAUGGUAAGCCAGAACAACACUGGCUCAGGUGGCAUAAUGGAAGCCAAGCUAAGUCUUGAAGGGGGGACGAAAUUGUAAACCCAACUUUACCAUCAAAGGAUGAGUCAAAUGAAUAAGCUGUGGUUUAUGUGGUAACGUUGAAGGAGCCUUGAUGUAGGAUUCGUUUUAGCAAAUGAAAGGUUUUUCUAGUUCAUGCAGGACAAAAUUUAUGCAAACGAGGCCUUUCUGACUUGCUUAUUCAAACCAUGGUUUAGUGCAAUGGGGAAAGCCAACUACCCCCAACCUCACAGAGAAAGUGUGAGGCUAAAAUUGGGGUGAACGAAACAUUGGCUUGACUUUUAAGAGGGUCAAGUAGACCAAUGAAAGGACAACUUAGAGGUAAAUAGGGCUGUUUGCCCCAUCCAUUACAUUUGGAUGAUCUAGAAGAGGAAGGAUCUUCUAAUGAUCUUUGGGGUCUUUAUGACUUGGUAGGGCUGGGAUUUAACUUGUAAUAAAGGGUCUAAUAAGUUUGGUCUCGUUCGUUCUUUCCGAUAUUCAGAUAUAAUAUCAGAUAUAUUUCCGAUAUAAGACUUGUGAACUUCUGAAGGCCACAAGUCUUAAAGCUGCCAAGUUUGAAGACCUCUGACUUAGACCAAUGUUUUGGGGGCAACCAUUAGCAACUGACCUGACCUAGUGGUGCUUUUCACAAGAUGAAAGCCCCAUGGAGAGGCAAAAAACCCCCUACCACCAUCAGUGGGUCCACCCAACUGCCUCCAAAGGGGAAGAAUUUCGCUUCCGUCUCCAUAGCAACCGUUGCAGAUGGAAGGAUAACUCUCUGUUAUAAUUCUUUUAUCCUCAGAGCUGAUGAGUUUCAAAGAUCCAUCUAAGAGCAUCUGAAUUUUUUGUGGUCGCUCGGUUUGGGAGGGGGGAGGGAAUAUCCUCGGCAAAUUGAAUGAAGGUAAUCGAAUUGAAUUAAAUGGCCUUGGGGCUUGUAUCGCCUCUGCCUAGCCCUCCAGACAAUGAACUGGGAGGGCCCUAAGCUCUCCACACUAAAUGUGAACUAGUUACACUAGUUUAUGAUCUUAAUAAAGCUUUGAGUUGAA